UCGAAUAUCUGGUGUUGAUUCAUUGUAGACUAUUUCUACUUUUUUGUAUUCCGUUUCAAAUUCUAUUGAUUGUUGGUGUUUGUCUGGCUACAGAAUAAUUCGCUUGUUGUGUGAUAUGAAUUUAUGAAAUCGGUUUUCUCUGGCAUGGCGGAAAACCUAGAAGCCUAUCGUGCCCAGAGGGAUCAGGUUGCUGCUGUACUAGCAGCGGAUCCUGAUGCGGAAGGCGCGGAAAGUUUAAGGGAAUUAUUGGAUUCGUUGAACGAACUGAUCAGUCUCUCAGGCGGAGACAAUCCCGUUUCUGAUCCGUCGUCUUUGGAACAGGAAGAGACUAGUGCAGAACCAGAAGCUGAAAGGGAUACGGUGACGGAAAAGCCUGAAAAUGUGGACGAAGUCGACGCCCCGGAGUGGUCGGCAGAAGAGCAAGAGCUAGCGAAUUCGCUCCUGCACAUGCAGUGUCGCGUGCCGUUUCAGCAUAGCUGGGGGCAGCUGAUCUACAGCAGUGCCAUGGUGCAGUCCAUGGAAUCGUCUCCCCUCUCCGACGAUGUGGAGGAAGUUCACGUUCGAGUACUAUUUCUGCAACCGACGCAUCGGAAAAUGAUGACAUGCCCAUACUUUCUGGAUGGACGCUGCCGGUUUCCGGCGGAUGAAUGCCGGUUUUCGCACGGUGAAGUGUAUCCGUUAUCUAGUCUGAAACCGUAUGAACCGCCAGACUUCAGUUCGCUGGCUGUCGGAAAUCAAAUUCUGUGCCGGAACAGCGAAGGAAUCUGGGAACGCGGAGUAGUAACGGAACUUCACCAAUCAGACGGAGACUCUUCCGCAGAGCCACAAAUUACGGUUAAGAUUAAACGGAAAAAACGAACUGGGAUAGCACGAAACCGGCCGAAACUGAUGGAAAAGCUUAGCGAUUUGGAUGAUGAAGAAGAGUUCAUCCCGCAUUCCGCAUGGGACCAAUCAGUGCAGCAAGUGGGGUCUGGUUUCGGAGAAUGGGAAGCGCAUACGAAGGGAGUUGCGUCUAAGAUCAUGGCGCGAAUGGGGUUCGUAGUCGGUACAGGGUUGGGAAGCCGCGCGGAGGGUAGAAUAGAACCAGUGAUCGCCCAAGUUUAUCCACAAGGUCGCACACUUGAUUACUGUAUGGAUCUCCGCGAACAGAAGGAACUUCCCAAGGUUGGCGAAAAGCUGCGGAAGGUCAACAAACGGAAGAAUGCACAGCAGAAGCAGAAUCCCAGUCCCAAAGCUGACGUAUUUUCUGUCAUCAAUGAACAGAUGAAACUUCAUCGCCGCAAUACAACGCCGCACGCCGACACACAGCCGGUCGACAAGAAUUCCAACAAGAUAAAAAAUGCCAAAGAACAAAAUGUUGAGCUGAUGAAACUUCAGGAUAAAAUCAGUGCUCUGGAAAAGGAGCUGGUCCGGCUUCGGACUUCAUUUUCGCGAAACCAGACAACUGAUAAAAAAGCCGCAAGUAUGAUUGCUGAAAAAAUCUCUGGGAAAGAGCAGGAAUUAAUGUUGCUCCGGAGGAAACAGAAUACCAUAUUUCAAGAUCUCAACAAGCAAAAGGAUAGAAAAUCCUUGAGUGUUUUUUGAAGCAAUCCUUUGCAAAGUUUGUGUUCUUUAAUCUCUCUGUGAUAGUUUUUUGAGGGCUGAUUGUGAGCAAAUACAAAGUAUUUACCUGGUGUAAUUUUCGUUAUCGUUUGUGUACAAGCAGGUAUUACUCCAGACAUGUCGCCUGUACAGACUGUAUUUUAUUUUGUUACCCAUAAACUGUCCUGUGC